AAAUCUUUAUAUAUAUUGUGAAAGCCACGAUACUCCCACCACAGCCAAGCAAGCAAGUUUCAGAUAGAAACAAAGAUGGGAGUCUUACAAUAUUAUUUCUCAAUGAAAGUUUUGAUGUGAGUUUUAGUGGUUUUUGUUCAAAUUCAUGAGCACAACGGUUGCUUGGAGGAAGAGAGAAUUGGUCAGCUUCAAUUGAAGUCAUUUCUUAUGUCCAACCCUUACACUUCUUCAGAGCAUCUUCUUCCUUCUUGGGUUGAAGAUGACUCAAAGAGUGAGUGCUGCGGUUGGGAGCGGGUCACGUGCAACUUCACCACAAGACAUGUGACAGAACUGUCCCUCGAUAAUUUAAAAUCAUCCCUCGGCAAUACAUAUUACAUCACACCAAAAACUGUUGCUGAGGUAUGGUCACUAAAUGUGUCUCUGUUGGAGCCUUUCAAGGAGUUAAGAAGUCUUGAUUUAUCCCUUAAUGCGAUUAAUGGAUGGAUAGUAGAUGAAAGAUUGGAAAACUUCUCAAGCUUGAGAAAUCUGGAAAGUUUAAACCUUGGUUAUAACUUCUUUAACAACCAUAGUAUACUACAAUCUUUGGGUGCUAUCACUUCGCUCAAGACCUUAAAUCUUUACUUGGAAUGGGUUGGUUGGUUACUUUCCAGCCCAAGCAUUAGUUGGGUUGAGAAACUUGAACACGCUGGAUAUAAGCAACAAUGGCUUCAAUGAAGGUUUCGAAAGGCUGGCAGUACUGAAAAACUUGCAGACAUUAAUCCUCGAUGAAAAUUGCUUCGAUGAUAGCAUCUUACCAUCUCUGAGUAGGCUUACAUCCCUUACGACACUGAGUCUUGCAAAGAAUCAGGGUUUGGGAUUACGAGGAAAUGGGGAAGGAGGUAUGAAUUGUUAAGUAUUGGUGCAUGUCCAAAGGUCUGAAUCUUUCAUGUGUUUCCUAAGCUCUAAAACAUUAAUAGUCUUCAAUGCACAUCAUCGUACAUAUAAUUGUUUUUCCUUCCUGUUACAUAAAAUAAAAUAAAAAUAAGCACAGGUUGGGAAAGCUUGUCAAGAUUGGAGAAUUUGGAGAUAUUAGAUCUUAGUUUCUGUUCCCUCAACAAGAGCAGUAUUUUACAG